UCGCCAUCAAGUCGGACUAUCCAUUCAAGAGAGUCACGUGUUUCUUAUCGAACUUACUCCGCGUCAAGAUAUUCCAACUACAUGGCGCCGAAUACGUUCGGUAAUUUAGCGACUUUAUUCCUUAAAACUUCUCAACAGGAUGUGUCGCAAAAGAAAGCGGCAGAGAAGACAGUAACGCAAAAAUUAUCAACCCAAAAGGUACAAAACAUGAAGCCUAAGUAUCAAUGGAUAAUUGUUUGGCAAAACAUGAUAGCUUUUAUCUAUCUUCAUCUCGGUGCACUUUAUGGAUUGUAUAUUUUAAUAGAGGCUGCCAAAUUUUAUACAUUCCUUUGGGUUAUAGUAGUUGGAGUUUUCACAGGUAUCGGUAUUACAGCAGGUGCUCACAGACUGUGGGCUCAUCGGACUUAUAAAGCGAAAUGGCCGAUGAGAGUCAUUCUUAUGCUUUUACAAACCACGGCUUACCAAAAUAACAUUUACGUGUGGGUGAGAGAUCACCGAGUUCACCACAAAUUUGUUGACACGGAUGCGGAUCCGCACAACGUGAAGAGGGGCUUUUUCUUCUCGCACAUGGGCUGGCUUUUGGUCCGAAAGCACCCUGAUGUCAUUAAUAAGGGAGCCACGAUCGACAUGAGCGACCUCGAAAAGGACCCCGUCGUUAUCUGGCAACGCAGGCAUUACAAGAUUUUGAUUAUUUUGUGCUUCCUUCUUCCCACUUGGAUACCGUGUUACUUUUGGAACGAGAAACCUAUAUACGCGUGGUACUCUACCCUUUUCAGGUACACAGUCUCACUGAAUCUGACUUGGUUAGUGAAUUCCGCGGCUCACAUAUGGGGAAUAAAACCAUAUGACAACACCAUUAGCCCCACUAACAACCUCAGCGUCAGCAUUGGUGCUUUCGGCGAAGGCUGGCACAAUUAUCAUCACGUGUUUCCGUGGGAUUACAAGGCUGCCGAAUUGGGCAACUAUCGCACAAACUUUACCACCGCUUUCAUUGAUUUCUUCACCUGGAUCGGCUGGGCGUAUGAUUUGAAGACUGUAACACACAGUAUGAUAAAGAAACGCGCAGACCGAAUGGGUGACGGUUCGAAAUAUGCGCGAACAAACGUUCAUGAUGAGCAUCAUCAUUCGCAUGAGGGAGUUAUAUGGGGGUGGGGCGAUAUCGAUAUGGAACUCGAAGAUAUACAAGAGGCCGAAAUCAUAAAUAAGGGCGAUUGAGGUCCUAAAUUUCAA